UGGAAGGACCUUAUGAAGUCCCUCAUGUCUUCUGAGAAUGAGAUCCGCAAAGAGGCCGAGAAGAAGUACGAAGAGAUCAAGACUGAAAUGCCUGAUGCCACAUGCACGGCUCUGAUACAAGAGAUCGCUCAGGGUGAGAGUGAAGAGUCAAAGACUAUGGCCGCCGUUCUGGCGAGAUCAACUCUAUCGGAAGUUUGGGAGAAACUCUCUACAAGUACGAAGGAAGAUUUACAAUCACGAUUGCUGGAUGCUCUCAAAGCAGAGUCCUCUGCCCCCUUUUUAAGGAAGGUCGCCAACGUUGUCGGCGCGAUAUCCUUCGCUGCCAACGAUGGCAAGUGGCCGCAACUUCUUCCUACCCUGUAUGAGAUGUGCAAGCACGAGGACUCGAACAAGAAGGAGCUUGGCUUCUACAUGCUCUCCCUUGUCCUCGGCCAUGCCGGCAGCGACCUGAUGAAGUUCGACGAGGAGCUCCAUCCUCUGUUUGAGAACGCGUUGCAAGACCGCAGCUGUGGCGUGCAGGUGUCAGGGUUGAAGGCCAUCUCCUCCUUUCUCUCCUCUUGCUCUACCAACAAGCAGAUGAAGCCUGCUCAGGCGCUGCUGUCAAGGAUGCUGGCAGCUAUCGGGUCAGCCGUGCAAGGGGACGAGUACAAUGCGCGUGCUGGCCUGGACGUAUUGAUUGAGAUCGUUCAAGUCAAUCCUCGCUUCUUCAAACCGCAGCUGAAGGAGAUCUCCUCAGCCAUGCUUCAGCACAUCACCAUGAACAGGAACCUCGAGCCGGCUACUCGUCGUCUCGCCCUCGAGUUCCUUGUCGAGCUCGCGGAGAAGGCGCCAGCCAUGAUCAAGUCUUCGGAGAACCUGCUCAAGGACAUCGUAGCUGUGUCGCUCGUCCUCAUCGUCGAGGGGCUGGACACAAAGAUCGACCUCGAACGAUGGAACCGGUGGGAGGACGAGGACGAUGUGGAUGAGGAGCUGCAGGGCUUCUUCGAGCAGGGUCUUGAGGCCCUCGACAGACUGGCGGUGGCGAUAGGAGGGGCAAAGAUGCUGCCAGCUGCAUUCUCCUUCAUCCCGGACUUCAUCGCAGACAAGGACUGGAGGUACCGGAUGUGUGCGCUCUACUGCAUCUCGCAGAUCGGGGAAGGAAGCUACAAGGUGAUGAAGAAACACCUGGCGGGAGUCGUCGGGCUUAUAACUCCUCUGCUUCGCGACGACUUCGUGCGGGUCCGAUGGGUCGCCAUCAACUGCAUUGGGCAGCUGAGCACGGACCUCGGCCCCGCCAUCCAGAAGCAGUUCCAUGACACGAUCCUCCCGGCCCUCAUCAGCGCUAUGGACACCACACAAGAGCCGAGCAUGAGAGUCAGCGUGCAUGCUGCUGCUGCUACCAUCAACUUCUGCGAGCAUGCGUCGGAGGAGCUCCUGACUCCCUACCUCCCUCACCUGCUCCAAAGACUGGCGCAUCUCCUGCAGCAACCGCACAAGCAGGCCAACGAGCAGGCCAUCACGACGGUGGCGGCGAUCGCGAUCGCUGUCGGGGAGCACUUUAUCCCGUACUACCAGGAGUUCAUGCCAUUCCUCAAGUCACUGCUGGCCAAGUCAGCCGGGGACGCGAGCAUGGCGAAGAUCCGAGGCAAGGCGAUGGAGUGUAUCAGCCUGAUCGGGGUGGCGGUCGGGGCCGAGAAGUUCAGAGAGGACGCCAAGGAGACGAUGCAGCUCAUCUUCAGCAUGCAGGAGCAGGAGCUCCCCCCCGACGACCCUCAGCUCUCCUACCUCCAUCAGGCCUGCGGCAGAAUCUGCCGGGUACUGAAGAGCGAGUUUGUGCCUUACCUGCCGGCGAUCCUUCCCUCCCUCCUUCGGUCGGUGGCGAUCAAGCCGGACGUGAGAGUAGAGGACGGGGACACCGCAGACAACGAUGAUAUGGAGGGAAUGGAAGUUGUGCAGGUCGGCGACAGUCUGAUCAGCAUCAAGACUUCCGCGCUGGAGGAGAAGGCCAACGCAUGUCAGAUGCUCGUGACCUACCUCGAGCAGCUGGAGGACGGCUUCUUCCCCUACCUCGAGCAGGUGGGCAGGGAGAUGAAGCCUCUCCUCACCUUCUGGUACCACGACGAUGUGCGAUCCUCUGCCAUCCAGAGCAUGCCAGCGAUGGUGCAGGCGGCCGUGAGCUACCAGGAGAAGCAGCAGGCCGAUCGCAGCAUCGUCACGCAGGUCCUCGGCUUCGCCUUCCCAGCUCUGCUGCAGUCGCUGCUGGUGGAGCCCGAAGUGCCUCUUCAAGCUCAGACGUGCAGGGCCAUCGCCCAGUGCGUCAAGUCCUGUGGAAGGAACUGCCUCUAUGCCGACCAGCUGGCUGAGGUGGCCAAGGCGCUGAAGCAGCUACUCGAAGACUCCAACGAGAGGAUGGAGACUCUGCAAGGCGACAAAUCGGAGGACGAGGAGGACGAAGACGAGGAUCAGGAGGAACGGGAGGCGAUAGCUGCAGAGACAGAAAUGAUCGACGAGGUCAUCUACUUGGUCGGCAAGCUGAUAGAGACGCACGACAACGGUUUCUUCCCCUACCUCGAGGAGCUCCUCCCCUGGUUCCUUGACAAGCUUGGCGAUCAUUCCCACAUCGCCUUCAAGCGGCUGGGCAUGGCGAUGAUCGACGACGUUGCCGAGCUCGCGGGCUCCUUCGCUGAGCGAUACGUGGCAACUUUCAUGCCGCUGAUGCUUCGACACGCCUCCUCGCUCGACGACGAGCUCCGUCAAGCAGCUCUCUACGGCAUCGGAGUCUGCGCCCUUAACGGCGGCCCAAGUUUCAGCCCCUACACCGCCAAGGCCGUCAUGACGCUGCUGCACGUCGCUAGAGAGGAAGGGGCGCGUUCCAAGGACAAGGAGAGCGCGACAGACAAUGCGGUUGCCUCCUUGGGAAAGAUUGGUCAGCACCAGUAUGUUGAAAACCCUGAGGAGCUUUGGAGCUUCUGGCUCUCGUACCUCCCGCUCGAGGGAGAUGUCGCCGAGUCGCUGCUGGUCAACAAGCAGCUCUGCCAGCUCGUCCUCUCAAAUCACGCGUGGGUUCUCGGCCGCGACCACAGCAACCUCGGCCGCAUCGUCCUCAUCUUCUCCAAGGUC